UGGUCUGUGUACUGUGUUGUUCAACGGUGACUAUGAAGGGAACAUGAGGUGCCCUCUAACAUCACACAGCAGCACUUUUCUCGUUAGAGAGCAUCAGAAAAAAAGCCGAUUCCACAGAGGAACUCCAGACACACUAAAAAACACAUAAGAAAGGAAUGGUGGGAUAUGAUCCAAACUCCCCCGGUGUGUCUCUGGCCCCAGAGGAAGCGGCUCUGGCGGGGUCAGCGGCGGGCAUUGUCACCCGGGCCCUCAUCAGCCCUCUGGAUGUCGUCAAAAUCAGGUUUCAGCUGCAGAUCGAGAAGGUGUCAUGGCGGAGUCGUCAGGGGAAGUACUGGGGUUUAUGGCAGGCCACCCGCUGUAUUCUGACUGAAGAGGGCCUUCCUGCUUUCUGGAAGGGUCACAUUCCUGCCCAGCUGCUGUCUGUGUGUUACGGAGCAGUUCAGUUUGCGAGUUUUGAAGUGCUGACGGAGCUAGUCCAUAAGAAAACCCCCUACAACAGCCAGACAGCAGGAGUUCAUUUCAUCUGUGGCGGUUUGGCUGCUUGCUCUGCCACUGUGGCCUGCCAGCCGCUGGAUACCCUCCGCACACGCUUCGCUGCCCAGGGCGAACCCAAGAUUUAUCACAACCUCAGGCAUGCCAUUGGCACCAUGUUGCGCUCUGAGGGGCCCUUUACUUUUUACAGGGGCCUCACACCCACCCUCGUGGCCGUGUUUCCAUACGCCGGCCUGCAGUUUUUCUUUUAUAAUAUCCUGAAGAAACUUUUGGAGCACCAGGACACCAAAUCUAAAGCUGGUCUUCACAGUCUGAUCAGUGGUAGUUGUGCUGGAGUCAUCAGUAAAACUCUCACGUAUCCUUUCGACCUGAUUAAAAAGAGACUUCAAGUGGGUGGAUUCGAAGAGGCCAGGCUGAAGUUUGGAGAGGUGCGCACAUAUAACGGAUUUGUGGACUGUGUGUUGCGGAUCGGCCGAGAGGAAGGACCCCGGGGGUUCUUCAAGGGCCUUUCUCCCAGUCUCCUGAAGGCUGCUUUAUCAACCGGCUUCACUUUCUUCUGGUACGAGUUCUUCAUCUCUGCCAUCAUCAGCCUCAAGAGCAGGUAAUGAGCGAUCAGACAAACCUGACGGACCUCUUUGUGAGAUGACUUUUGGAUCUCUGAGUCUGAGAGUGUGUUAAAUGUCGACUGAAUGCAUUCAGCUCUCGGAAGCACACUCUAGUAACGCCUUCAAAUGAACAAUAUGCUGAAUUGUUCAUCGUUUACGUCUUGAAAAGCAUUGUUACACAUACUAGGAUUUAUUUUGUUUUGUUGUUAUGUUUGUGGUUGUGGUUUGGUCUAUCUUAUUGUUUUUAUAUGUAACACUGGAAGUCAGAAUAUAUUAUAACUUAUAGUUUUUACUAUUUUACACUUUAAAACACUUUUAAAUGAUGCGGACCUAUCAGAUAGCACAAUAAUCAGUUUAUUUACAAACCCUGCAUUAUAUCAUUAUAGAAUUAUUUCAAUUGAUCAGUGUGCUGGUUGUUUGAUGAAUUAUAUUGGGUUUUUUUAGUUAGAUCCAUUAUCUGUCAUAUAUAAUGGAUGUAUUAUUUGGAGCCUUCAUAGUUCCUGUUACUCUGGUUUUAUUUACGCCCUUAUUUGUAUCUUUGAAAAAAGAAAGAAGAGAUAAGAAAAUGAGGAUCACAGAGGUUGUAUGUUUUCGCCUGUGUACUCGUGCAUAAUAUCACAUAUUUGUUAUAAAACAGACAUAUGAAACAAAGAAAUGGGUGACGAGAUAAAAAAAGAAUUAUUUUUAUAAUAAAAAACAAUAUUUU